AUGAAACAUAAUGGAUAUGCUGGGACACUUACAAUGGACCUCAAUAGGCUAUUGAAGGUCUUCCCGGGCAUAGCGUUAACAUGGGUUUGCUUCCUGGUAGCAACGUUCUGUGUUAAGCUGACCGAUGCGAGGAUAGGCUACUUCUGGCACAUAACAGAUUUACAUCUCGAUACGUACUACACUACCAAGGGUGAUAUCUUUCGCAGUUGCUGGCUUAACGAACAUCACUCGAACACGGCCAGCGCCAAACGACCGGGACUGUACGGAGAUUACAUGUGCGACAGCCCAUGGAGCCUGCUGGAAUCCGCCACGCAAGCCAUGAAGUCCAAGCAAGGUGAUAACGUCGAGUUUGUCCUGUGGACUGGCGACGGUCUUUCCCAUUCUGCCAAGCGAAUGCACGAAACCAAGCGGUUGGACGUGCUGCGUAACAUUACGGAGCUGAUGAGCCGAACGUUUCCGUCACAGUUUGUGUUUCCGGUGCUCGGCCAUGAGGAUGGUAGUGCCAACUUCGAGCAGCUCGGCGAUCUCUGGCGCCACUGGUUACCGCUGGAGGCGUUGCAAACGUUUGAAAAAGGUGGUUACUACACCAUCGAACAGACAAAGAGCCGGCUAAGAAUAAUAGCUUUAAACACGAACUACAUGCGACACGAUGCCAAGUACUCGCAAUCGCAUUCGUCGGCGGUGAAACAGCGGCCAGACGGCUCCUACCAUUACCCGGCAGGUGGUCACUACGGUGACCAUCACAUGGGCAAACACUAUCACGCCCGAGAAGGUAGCUCUUCCGGGUAUCUGUACAGUGACCGACGGAACGGAUAUAGUAGCAGUAGCAGCAACCUAGCGGACAGUGGUGUCGGUGGCCACGCCAGUGCAUUAUCGGGAUCAAGCAGCCACGAGUCGGAGAAGCAGUGGGAGUGGCUGGAGGAGGUUCUAGCAAAGUCGAGUAGAAAUAAGGAAACUGUAUAUAUCGUAGGACACAUACCACCGGGCUCGGACGAGCGCCACAUUGGCCACACGACCCCGUUCGGGCAUUCCAGCUUCACCGAGAAGAACAACGUACGCUACCUUCGGCUGGUGAAGCGAUACUCAUCGAUCAUUCAGGGACAGUUCUUCGGACACCUUCAUUCGGACUCGUUCCGAGUGGUUUAUAAUGAAGUUGGCAAACCCGUCUCCUGGAUGAUGAUCGCUCCAUCGAUAAGCCCACGGAGAAGCAGCGAGUCCAACAAUCCCGCCAUGCGGCUGUACAAAUUCGACACCGAUACAGGGCAGGUCUUAGACUACACGCAGUACUAUCUAGAUUUAGAGCAGGCAAACAAGCUGGAGGAAGCCGUGUGGCAGCCUGAGUACAACCUUACCACCUACUACUACGGUCUGAGCGAGGUGUCAUCGUUGGCCCUCCACAAUUUGGCCGAUCGCUUCAACAACGCGGACGAUGCGCAGUUCAUGAAGUACUAUAGGGCGAAUUCUGUGCGCCACGCUACCAGCACCUGUGAAGGUGUCUGCCUGCUCAACCACUACUGUGCCAUUACCAGGCUGGACUAUCGCGAGUUUCGCAGCUGCCUGGAAACGGCGGCCAAAGCGAUGGCAUCGAAAAAUGGCAGCUCAGCUGGACCGUUUGUAUCGGCCUUCGUCUUCAAUCGAUUGCUCAUGGCCGUCCUGCCGGCCCUGCUGAUGAUUCUGAUCGUGUGGAGCAGCUCCAUGUCGGUGGAAGUGGUCCAGAAUGCUUUCGGGUGUGUGUGCGAAAUUGUGCUACGCUCAACCGUUUGCAUCACUUCGUGCUGGCACACUGCAGUUGGAUGGUUGAUGGCGAUUGGUCACGGCAUGAAAAUGGUACCAUCCCUGUGGGCCAGCUGCAAAGCUUCAUCUUUACUGUUAGUAAGUGCAUUUUCCUGUUUUUUCGCGUGUGUGUCUCAACGUCAUGAAGAUGAGACAGUUUCAAGUAGAAUGAAUCGUAAAUUAAGAGCUUCUUCAAAACCGACAUGGGUUGAUUGCGCGAGUAAAGGCACCGAACACGCCGGAGGCUUAAUUUAA